AGGUUCCGUACGCCACGCCUCAGAGCACUUAUUGCGAUAAGUAAUCAUUUAAAGCAGAAACAUAGAGAGUUCAAAAUACUAAAAUUUCCCCCAAAAAUUGGCGGCCUAAUCACUUCUUGCUUUCCAUUGAUAAGUUUCUUGAGACUUGAGAGGGUAUUGAGAAGUCACAGCAGAGAGUCAUAGGAGCAGUUGUGACUUGUGACCCAUGUCGGAAGCUCUUCCCCGGCGAAGCUACGGAGUGUCACUCCGGUCAAAUUUUCUGUCGAAGAAACCACACUUUUUCAGGAUAAUGCACGCAGCUUUGCUUAAAGAUGGAAAGCCAGAAAUUCCAGAGAGGUUUUUGAGAAAAUAUGGAAAGCAUUUGUCAAGCGUAAUAUUUCUCAAGGUUCCUAGUGGUGCACAAUGGCGUGUAGAAUUGAUGAAACGCCAUGAUGAGGUUUGGUUGCAGGGUGGUUGGCAAGAGUUUUGUGAGUUUUAUUCUAUUGGGUAUGGACAUCUUUUAUUAUUCAGAUACGAAGGCGAUUCCCAUUUCCAUGUACUUAUAUUUGAUAUGACUGCUUCUGAGAUUGAAUAUCCAUCCUCCAAUGCCACCCAUGAUGAAAAACCAAACAAUAAUAAUGGGGUAUGCCAACCGUCGAUUUUGAAAGAAAAUAAUGAGAAUGAUGUCUCUGUUGAGAUUUUGGAUGAUUUUCCUGCCAGCCAAACAACCAAGGAGGAAGAUAUAAUCAAUAUUACCUCUAGUGAGGAAGAAUUCAGCACGAAUGAGGCCAGCAGUUUGCCCAAAAUUAAGGAUAACAAGAGAGAUGUUUCUGUACAAAGUUUUCAUGAUGGCCCACCAAGCCACAAUACAAGGAUGAAAACAAAAUUGGCAUGUCUGCAACCCAAUGAGAGGAGAAGAAAUAUUACUCCUAAAACUUUCAACACUUCUGAUCAUCAAUCGAAAGGCAUUCAAGGCACCGGAAUGAAAUUUGAAAAGUCUACCCCAGAAUUUCGGGAUAAAGUUAAUUUUGAUGCCAAGGAAGGUGGUGAAGGAAGGGCCACCGCUCAAAGAGGCAUCAUCUCUCAAUAUGUUCCAGCAGUGACAGCCAGCAAAAAAGUUGGAGCUCUUCUCAGAGCUGAGUCUUUCAAACCACAAAAUCCUUUCUUCAUUGUCACUAUGCGACCAUCUUAUGUUGGUACUGGAAGAAAUAUGAACAUACCGCUGAGAUUUGCGAAGAGGCACUUUACAACAGAUGACAACAAGACAACCCUUAUGGUUUCGAAUAGAAGAACUUGGACUCUUAAGUACUAUAUCAGAAGACGCGAUGCAAAACUUUCUUCUGGGUGGAGAAAGUUUGCUCGUGAUAAUUGUUUGCAAGUUGGUGAUGUUUGUGUCUUCGAGCUCAUCAACUCCACUGCAAAUUUACUCAAGGUUGUCAUAUUCCGAAAAUGAAGGUGUGGCUUCCCACCUUCCAUCCUCCAUAGCCAAAGUAGGAAGUCCGUUCAACUUUUUGGAUUAAGGCUUAGUUUGAAUUGCAUAUGUUCUAUUUAAAAGUACUACGAUGAUCUCGUAUGUUUUGCCCUUAUGUCCCUUACACUAAAUCUCAGAUAUUUUGCCCCUC